GAAACACUGAAAGAAAAAGAUCAGUUGGAAGAGAGGCGAGGUAAGAUAAGUAAGGAGAAAGAGGAAUUGGAUAUCAGUCUUGAACUGAUGAAAAGACAAAGGGAAGACUUGACGAGCUUGAAGGCUGAAGCAGAAGCACAGACCGAGCCUAUGGAAAAUGACUGGAAGGAACAGCUCACGAAGGAAAGACAACAACUUGAAGAUGUAAAGGAGGAGAUACAGAAGGAAAAAGAAGCCUUUGAGAGAAAAAAGGGAUUGACUAUGAAAGAGAGAGAUGAGUUUGAUCUGAUGAAGUCUGAAACCCAGGGACAAUUGGAGGAAAUGGAACAAAACAAACAAGACAUUCGCGUGGAGAAGGAAAAGCUGGAUCAGAUCAAAGCUGAGUUAGAAAGACGGUCUGAAGACAUAAAUAAGGUCAUGGAUGAGACAAGACGGGAGAGGGGGAAGGUUGAAGAACUGGCUAUCCAAACUCAAAAACAAAGGGAAGAAAUGGUGGGUUUAAUGGAAAAGAACAAAGAAAAGCAGAACGAACUGGAACUCAUGAAUGACAAGAUUGAAAGAGAGAAACAAGACAUCGAAGAAAGUCGGGAUGUGCUAACAAAGGAGAGAGAGGAGCUGGAACAAAUGAGGAAUGAGACACAGCAACAGAGAGAGGAGACAGAAUCUCACAUGGAAGACCAAAGGAAAGAGAAAGAACAUUUGGAACAAAUGACGAUGGACAUGAAAAAGCAGUUGCUAGAGGUGGAUAAUGACAAGGAAAUGAUAGAAAGCUCAAUGGGUGAACUGAGAGUGAAAGAGGCAGAAAUGGUGAGAGAAAAGGAGAACAUGGAAAAGAAGAUGGCUAGACUCAAAGAGGAAGAGGAUAGAAUGCGGGAAGAAAUAGGAAGGAAGAUGGACAACUUAAAGCAGGACAGUUAUGAAAUCAAAAGACUUAGAGAUGAAAUUGACAGUGAAAAGAACCAACUGAAUGCAAAAUUGCUUGAGUUGGAAAAAAUGCGUGAAGAACUAGAUAGAGAGAAGAAGGAAGUGAAAGACAGGAAGGAUGAAACACUGAAAGAAAAAGAUCAGUUGGAAGAGAGGCGAGGUAAGAUAAGUAAGGAGAAAGAGGAAUUGGAUAUCAGUCUUGAACUGAUGAAAAGACAAAGGGAAGACUUGACGAGCUUGAAGGCUGAAGCAGAAGCACAGACCGAGCCUAUGGAAAAUGACUGGAAGGAACAGCUCACGAAGGAAAGACAACAACUUGAAGAUGUAAAGGAGGAGAUACAGAAGGAAAAAGAAGCCUUUGAGAGAAAAAAGGGAUUGACUAUGAAAGAGAGAGAUGAGUUUGAUCUGAUGAAGUCUGAAACCCAGGGACAAUUGGAGGAAAUGGAACAAAACAAACAAGACAUUCGCUGUGGAGAAGGAAAAGCUGGAUCAGAUCAAAGCUGAGUUAGAAAGACGGUCUGAAGACAUAAAUAAGGUCAUGGAUGAGACAAGACGGGAGAGGGGGAAGGUGGAAGAACUGGCUAUCCAAACUCAAAAACAAAGGGAAGAAAUGGUGGGUUUAAUGGAAAAGAACAAACAAAAGCAGAACGAACUGGAACUCAUGAAUGACAAGAUUGAAAGAGAGAAACAAGACAUCGAAGAAAGUCGGGAUGUGCUAACAAAGGAGAGAGAGGAGCUGGAACAAAUGAGGAAUGAGACACAGCAACAGAGAGAGGAGACAGAAUCUCACAUGGAAGACCAAAGGAAAGAGAAAGAACA